UCUCUUUGCUGAACUGAAAACAAUCUACAUGAAGAGUCCGCGGGAUAAGGAGGAUUUGUUUUUUCACAUCAGUUAUUCAAAGCAGCACUGCAUUGAUAAUUGCAAAAAAUGAGAAGAGUGGAAUUGAAAGCUGUUUUCAUGCUGUGCUUUGCUCUCAUCACUAUAGGAGGACAACGUUUUGAAAGUAAAGUGGCCCAGUUACUACAAGAUGACACAGAAGAUGUGAAAUGUUUUGUGGAGGGAAGGAAGGACCUCACAUGCUUCUGGGAAGAGGAGAAGGAGAGGAAUGGUUCACAUGAGCAGUACACGUUUGAGUAUUCAUAUGAGAGUAAGAAAAAAAGGACGUGUGCCAUUUCAUCGUUGUCUUUACUAGCCAUUAACAGAACCAUCUUGUUCUGCAAACUGCCCCAAAUUUUGUUCUUCACGGCCCUUGACGUGCAGAUUUUACGUGAUGGCCGGAUGCUCUACAAUCGCAGCCUCAAUGUGGAGAAUGUCUUAUUUCUAGAUCCUCCCAGAAAUCUCACAGUUGUGAGCUCAAGGAAGGAAGGGCAGUUAAACGUGAGCUGGCUGCCUCCACCUCUCAAAUAUAUGGAUGACAGUAUGAUAUAUGAGGUCAGAUAUGCAGUGGAGGGAAGUCACAUGGGCAAGGUGGAGGUGAUAAAGGCCAACACGAUGCUGGUCUUGAGAGGGUUGCAGGGGGGAACCCGAUACAAGGUGUGGGUCCGUGUCAAGCCCGACGGUGUCUCCUAUAAAGGCUUCUGGAGUGCUUGGACUGAACCAGUAUUUGGAAGCACACCACCAACUGACAUGGAUCCUCUGAUCAUAUUAUUGGUUCUGUUCAUUGGUUUGAUUAUCUCAUUACUGUCUCUGACCGUGAUGCUGUCCCACCACAAGUUUCUUCUAAAGAAACUGUGGCCUGACAUUCCCACACCAGACCAUAAGUUUCCAGGACUCUUCACUGUCUACAAAGGGGAUUUUAAGGAAUGGAUGAGUCAAAAUAAUGGCAGUAUGUGGGGAAGACCGGUCCAUGUAUUCCCUGAAGAGCUUCCAUCGCCUCUAGAAGUUCUCUCAGAGGUUUCUCUAGCCACACCACUGUCCAGCCACACAACUUCCCCAAGACAAGACAGGAAAGCAAUGGAGGAAGAAGAGGAGAAAAUGGAAAGAGAGGCAACAGACUCUGGUUUAACAGACAGAUGGCGAGAGCCUCCUCAUGCCCAUUGGCUUAUGGAACAGUUGAGGGCCCUUCAAGAAAACCCAGAAUCUCUCUCCCAGCCAGUGUUACUGGAGUCACACGACACCUACGUUACUCUAAAUCACAACUCCCAGUGUGCCCGAGGAGAAGAUGAAGGUCAGGUGGAUAAUAUCUUCGAGGAGUCAUUACCCCUGCAGACUCUCUUCUCCAAUACAGGAAAGUCUUCUUUUAGUGCCUCACAUUCUGAUCUCGGAUCCCUCCAACAGAGCUCUGGCUCGGGCAGACUGUCGUCACAAUCUAGCUUUGAGUAUCCAAACCACACGUGGCCGCCCAAAGGGCCGGGCUACACCUACAUGGCCGUAGCAGACUCAGGAGUGUCUAUGGAUUACAGCCCGAUGAGCUCGAACAGGAUAGCAGAUCUUGGGAAACGGGCGAUUUAUACCAAUGAAUACAAAAAUGAUAUUUUUGGCCACAAAUGGCCACUCUCCGGUCAUCGCAUUGAAUCUGGAUACUGAUUUGAAGAUUUUUAGGAAAAAAUGGAUAAAUGAUAUGUGUAAUAAAACCUUUUAUGGUGUACGAGAGAUUGACAGAGCAGUGAAUCACAAGGAUCCCCAAAUCAAGAUCAGGAUCUUGCAGAUUUCUGUUUGAGACACAGCGUUUAAGGAACAUACAACACUAGGAUCUUUCACCAGACAAAGCUUCUUCAAUCAGAUAAAAUAAGCUAAUUCUGUUGUUUUCACAGUAAUACUAAGGCUGUGUCAAUACUAAUCUGUUUCUGUUUGAAAACGCAUUGAUUUUUCUACGUUUACGCCUCUCAUUUGAAAAUGCUCUCCAUAAAUGCAUACUAGGCAAAACGAUGACAUUGGGAAACUUAAAAGCGGAGGUUUCAAACAUUUAAUUAGCACGUUGUAGUUUGUAAAUGCGUUCAUUUUGCUACAUUUUUUACGCCUCUCAUCCAUAUUAGAAUGACAUUUCUCUCCACCGAAAAUUGAGCAUUUUGAAAACGUUCUCCAUUACCACAUUGUGAUAGAGAUCAAGGCAGUCACAAAGAGAAUCACACUGGAUUGAAAGAAUGCGUUUAAAAAAAAAGAUGUUUGUUUUGUAGGAGGUGCAAAAUAAAAACUGUGUUUAAGAGCAAAUAAAAACGGUCUAAAAGCUAGACAUAUGUCUGAUGCUGGCGCAGCCACUCCCAUCCCUAAACAAUGGAGGCCGGAGUUUCCUUCGCACUCGAGCAGCUCUAGUCUCAAAUGUCAUGUACACAGUCCGUGCAUUAAACGCUUGAUGCUUAUAGCACACAAUACUGGAAAACGCUUUCUCGAUUAAUCAGUGCAAAUCUGAUUGGCUGUUUGAUGGAACUUCCAUGAGUAGAUGCACACAGGAUGUUUUAUCAGUAUGGCUGGAAGCCGAGUGUGUUCACAAGGUUCUGCAUUGAAUUUAUUGCCCAAGUUUGCCAGGCUAGUGACAUCAAAUCUUUUAAAUAUACAGUGCUGUGCAAAAGUCUUGUUUAACAAAAACAUUUGUCUUAAGAUGGUUAUUAUACCACAUUAUAAUAAACAUUUUAUACUCCCAAAUGUUAUUUUUAUUUUUUGAAGAAAUCCUCACUAUGCAACAUCUUUUGCGCAGUACUGUAUAAUUUGUUUAGUUUGAGGCACGUAGCAGAAAGUGAUGUGGAUAUCCACAAGCAGAGCUGCAGUUUCUGCUUUGUUUACUUGGUUAUGUCCGUGAAAUUCUCUGUAAUGAGGCUUUCUGUGUGGUAGAUAGACUCUUUACAUGUUUUUUACACAUUCACAUUUUCUCCAGUGUUUUCUCUGCAAUCACUCACGGAGAUUAGCGCACCAUUAUAUCGAUCAUUUUCCCUCUGUGUUGGUCUUUUAUUAUGGUAUGAUAUAUCUCUGAUAACCCCACCCCUAAACACCCUGCAAUGACAAAACCGACUGUUAUUGGUCGCUGUGGCAGCGGGGGCGUGGUCAAGCCUGAGCUAAAUUAUGUCUAACACCUGUCUCUAAUUUCAGUGUAAAGUAUAAAUUAGCAAGGAGGCCAGAUCAGGCUUGACAAUAUAAAUAAUAGUUUAAUGAGAAACUUAAACAAAAGACAGGCUUGAUUAGGCUGAUAAGGGACCAGAUGUGUAGAAUCACCACCCAGCCCCACCCUCCACCCUGCCACAGUCGCUUUACAUUUACAUUUAUGCAUUUUGCAGACGCUUUUAUCCAAAGUGACUUACAGUGCAGUUAUUACAGGGACAAUCCCCCCGGAACAACCUGGAGUUAAGUGCCUUGCUCAAGGACACAAUGGUGGUGGCCGUGGGGUUCGAACCAACAACCUUCUGAUUAACAGCCCUGUGCUUUAGCCACUACGCCACCACCACUCCACUAUCUAACUGAAAAGCCAUCUAACUGACACUUUACAUGUCAGUUAGAUGGCUUUUCCUAUCUUAAUGGGCGGUUCUUGGCCAACUGAUGCAGCUAUAGACCCCAGAUCUUUACCACAGUCAUGGGUCUGGCUCAGUGGUGUUGCAGUAGUGUCUGAACAGGUGGGCAUACUGUGAAUUUAUGAAAGAUUGGAAAAGUUCUGGGUGAAAACACUACUCCUUGUUCUGGCGGCCAUAUGUAUUAUCCAUUAUUUCAGUAGGGCAUAUGCAAAAUCCUAAGAAAGAAAGGUGGGCAUACGGUAAAUGCCCUAGACUACACUACGCUGGCUACUCAAGACUAGAGCAGAGUUAACAACCUUGUCCAUGUGCUCCAAACACUCGCCGUCCAUCUUUGUCUUUCUCCGUCUAGUGGUGGCUGGCUUUAGUACAGUAUUUUCCCGCCAUUUCUAAUUGGACCAAACCAUUGUUUAAAUUAAAUUAACCCUCACCUCCCCAUUCUAAAAAACGACUCACAGGCUCUCCGUCACAUACUGACAAAGGAGAUUUCAAACUUAAAAAUGGAUCUGUAUGUUUUUAUUUGAAGACGCAUUAAAUUAGCUGUUUACCUCUCAUCCAGUAGUGUAGUCUAUGGCAUAUGCCGUAUGCACACCAAUCUUUCUUAGGAUUUUGCAUUCGCCCACUUGAGUGAUGAUACGUAUAGAACAAUGAGUUGUCUUUUGAUGCCUAACUUUAUCAAUCUACUCUGUAUGCGUGUGUGCAAGGACAUUUCCAAAGUCUGAUGCACAAGCAUCUUUCAUAAAUUCACAGUAUGCCCACCUCUUCAAACACUACUACACCACUGCUCUCAUCCACACUAGGAUUAUAUUUUCCUCCACUGAAAACAGGGUUUCGAAAACGCUCUCCAAAACUACAUACUUUGGAAAAUUAUGAUGCAAGGAAGCUGAAAAUGAAAACAGAUUAGUGGCCUAAAGUGUUACAUCUAACUUAAAAGCUUUAAUAUGGCAGCUGAUCAUAAAACAAUAUUGUAAAGCGUAUCAUGUAAUACUGCCAAGUACCAGUUUAUGAAUAUAUAUAUAUAUAUAUAUAUGUACAUAGCUGUUUUAAUGUAAAUAAUUGUUUUUUUUUUAAUUUUUUAUCAGUUUUGGGGGUUCAUCUUGAUGCAUAUUUUUUUUAUGAAAAAUUAGGUCAGAGGUUAGAGGGUCAAGAGUCAAUCUAAACAACAAUUAUUUGAGUUGUAUGAAGUAUAAAAUCCAUUUUCAUUCCUACUUUCUAUGCUUGGGUGCAGAAUGUGAAACUGCUGGUGCAUUCUGGGAAUGCAUUUGUAAUUGGUAUGGAACAGUCCAUUUCUCAGAGCCUAAUGGUCACAUAUAGGUUUGCAAUACACUCAAAUUACUGUAUAGAAACAUGCACAAUCAGUGUGUAUCUUAUUAUUGCAGUUUGGUUUGUCAACAGUUUUCUUCUAACAGGGUCAGAAAUUAAUGGUGGCUUAAGGCAAACACGCCACUGAAAUUCUACAUGUAUAGGCGAAACAUUAUUCCUACUUUUUGAUACUCUGUUUUUUUUAUCUUGAUAUAUUUACUUAAGCCUAAUACAUAUUAUCACAAAAUAUAAGUUGAUGCAGGGUAACAGCCUUAAUGAACUAAUAAGCAAUUUGUUUGUAAAGUAUUUAAAGGAUUUUUCUUUAAAAGACGAGUGUUUUCUGUAGUACCCAAUUCAUAUGAAUGAAUCAACCAUGUUGAAUCUACAUUUUGAAAAUGUCACCUAAAAAUGAAACCCCUUUGAAUUGGUAAUAUCAUUUUAUCAAAUAUCAAAGGAAUUAAAAAGCAAAAAUCUGGGUUUCAGUGAGGCACUUACAAUGGAAGUAAAUGGGGGCCAAUCAGUAAACAUUAAAAUACUCACGGUUUCAAAGGUAUUGCCACAAGACAUAAACAUAUGUGUGAUAACAUGAUGUUACUGUGAUAAAAUCACUUACUAACCUUGUUUACACUCUGUGUAAAGUUAAAGCCAAUUUUGCAACUUCAUCACCAUGACGAUGUAAUGUCAACAAACCCCAAAACGACUGUAAAAAAAAAAUAUGAUUUAAACAACUUUAUCACAACUUUUAUUUUCAAUUAAUACACAAGUUUUGACAGAAAAAUGUAUGUAAGUGCUUUUAUAAAAUUAUAAGCUUCAUGUUUCUGCCUUUUAAGCCCUUCAGAAAUUGGCCCCAUUGACUUCCAUUGUAAGUGUCCCACUGUAACUUCGAUAUUUGUUUUGGUUUUUUUACAGAAAAGGAGGGACGAGUCGAAAUUCAUUUUUGUGGUAAUCAACAUUAUGCCACAAAUUGUAUUGAACCCGGAAUAUUCCUUUAACAAUGAAACUGUUGUUUAUGACACACAGAUUGUAAUGUACAUUAUUAUAUAUUUUAUUUUUGUAGGUCAAAUCCUUUCUUUUUGUAUCUAUAAAACUCCUAAUAUUAUUCUAGAUGUAUUUUUUUAAUCAAAACAAUUUAAUUUCAGUCUUACAGUUUUUCAAUAUUGUUGCACUAUAUUCUUUUCUUUGUCUAAAUGCAUGUUAAUCAUUUUACAUUGAGUGCUUAGCCGACUAUUCAUUUGUAAUAUAAAGAAAAACGUGUGGCACUUUUUCAAAGGGUCUUUUCCCACCAGUAUGUUACUGGUACUAAGGAAACAAAUUGUAUGUAUAUUUGUCAAAAUGCUCCAAAUAUGACUUAAAAGAAGCUAGUAAGAAAUUUGCAAUGGAAAACUUGCAUUGUAAAAAAAAGAUAUACCUAAAAGUACUAUUGAGUACCAGCUCUGUUGUUUUAAUAUUUAUUUAAACAUUUCAGACUAUUGAACUUUUUUCAGGCAUUUAAAUGUUAGACUGAAAUGCAGCUUUUUGAAUUAAUAUUAAGAAAUAGCAAAUAUGGCACCUUAUUCUAUCCUGUCUACAAUACAGAUUGUGUACUAUGUAUCUGCCUGCAACCAUACAGAUGUGUGAUGAAAUGCUGACAUUUGUCAAGUCAAGUCAAGUGGUUUUUAUUGUCGUUUCAACCAUAUACAGUUAGUACA